CCUUCUUGCCCACGCGGGCCGCCACUGUGCCAGCGUCGCCGCAUCUCGUCGCCGCAAAGCCCGCCUCCCUGGUCACGCUGCCCACCUGCGAGGCCGCCUCCCUGGCCGCGCGGGCCGCCACUAUGGCAGCACCGCCGGAUCCAGUUGCCGCGCCGCCCGCCUUCAUGCCCGCGCCGCGCCGCCGCUAGGGUUCGGCGGCCUCCCAGAGCGCGAGGGAGACGAGACGAGACGAAGGGGCCUCCCCGGUGAAAAACUGAGCAGUCUAAUUUUUCCUCAAAGGCAUUUUGGUCUUUUCUCGUUACCUGGCCCACAUGUCUAACUAUAGAAGCUAAUAGAAGUGACAGGAGUGUCAAAUAGGUCAACAAAAUUUUGACUCGGGGACAUAUAGGUAAGAUCUGAAGUUUCGGUGCCAAAUUAGCAAACCUCAUUUUUUUCAUUGUCAAAUAGUCAAAUUUCUCUUCAAACUUUGGCUAUAGUUGAGGGGAGUAAUUUAGAUUUUUUUUUCCUACUGAUGAUAUAACAUUCUUAUGUGACUAAAUUGACCGAGAUGAAAUACUCAUGGAAUGUUGUGAACUCAAGUCGAAUUUGGGUAGUCUGGCACAAAUCAGCAAGGAUUUGGGAAGAGGAGGAAGUUGCACCAUAUUGUUAGAGAUGACGUUGUAGAUGAAUCAACUAUUUUAUUUUAGUAACCAAACAAAAAGAAGUGGUAAGUUGAUGAACUACCCAAUUCUUCGUAUAAAAACCCCACAAUGUCCGUUGUCCUUUUCAAAGAGAACACUGUAUUCACUACUCUCAAAAGGAGGGAAAAUGUUUCUUGAAUUCUAUCAUUUUCAUCGGAGCAAUUUCAUGGAACCGUCUUCCAAGCCAUUAUUUGUUUCCUUAGCGAGCAAGUACCUCAUACUAUUUCUUAUAUUUUCCUACUCCGGAACAUAUAUCAACGAAAUCAAGUGGCUCCAGGUAGAGUUGAGCAUUUUAUAUUUUUAUUAUGGCACGAAGUCAAAGCUAUCCCGCGUCUUGACAGUUGACCAUCAUGGCAAACUAGGCAAGAGCAUGGUGGCCCGGAUCCGGGGAAAUAAUCGAAACCAGUUGGGCGCCGGAAGCACCGAGGUCCGUGGAGCAAGUUCGCCAUGAGCAAGCUGGCACGGUCGGAUUUGGAGAAGAGAGCUACGAGGACCCCGAAGCCGCCGCCCAGGCGAUCCAAGUCGAUCGGGCCUUCGGCGCCUAGCAACAGCCCGUUGGCCGGUCUACCACGCCCGCCUGGUCCAUCCGCUCCUGGCGGUCCGCCACGUCCGCCAGCUGGUCCGCCGCCGCCUGGUGGUGCUCCUCCGCCACGCCUGCCGGGAGGCGCUGGGCCGCCGCCGCCGCCGGGUCCUGCCAGCAAGGGCCGUGCGCCCGCGGGCGGCAGGAUACGCCGGGCGCCCGAGAUCGUGGAGCUCUACCAGGCGCUGAUGAGGCGCUGGGAGGCGAGCAGGCGGACGGGCUCCCGAGGUCCAAAGGCGCCGGCCGGCGGGUCGAGGGCCGCGAGGAGCGACCUGAUCGGGGAGAUCACCAAGAACUCCCCCCAUCUCGUGGCCGUGCAAGCUGACGUCGACACCCAGGGGGACUUCGUCCGGACCUUGGCCGCCGAGGUCCGGGACGCGACCUUCGCCAGCAUCGACGACGUCGUCGCGUUCGUGGCCUGGCUUGACGAAGAGCUCUCCUUCCUGGUGAGCACCAAUCCGCUUGUUACUCUUACUCUACCGUGUUCAUGGCAUCGACUUUUUGUUGGAGCACGGAUGAAAUGCUUCCAUCCUCAGGUCGACGAGCAGGCUGUUCAGAAGCACUUCGACUGGCCGGAGAAACGAGCGGAUGCGCUACGGGACGCGGCGGCCAGGUACCAGGGGCUACUGCAGCUGGAGAAGCAGAUCUCGUCGUUCGUCGAUGAUGGCGCGCUCCACCGCGACGCGGGCCUCGGCAAGAUGUUCUCCCUCUUCGAGAAAACAGAGAAGAGCGUGUACAGGUUCAUGCAGGAACGCGACGCUGCUGAUGCCAAGGCCAAUCUGGUCUCGCGGUACAAGGAGCAAGACAUCCCGGUAGGCUGGAUGUCAGACACGGGUGUAAUCGUCAAGGUGCGCGCCGGGAACACAGUGCAAGCUCUCAAGUCUCAUCUGAGAUGCUCCAUGGUAGUGUCUCUGUCUCUGCUGCUGCAUCUGCAUCUCGGUUUCAAUUCUCGCCCAGUGCGCCUCUAUGUGACUAUGUGGCAGAUCAAGCUGGCAUGCAUCAACCUUGCGAAGCAGUACAUGAUGAGGGUGGUGUCCGAGAUUGACGGUCUGGGAAGCAAAAACGAUGAGCAGAAGAAGGAAACCGGGCUUUUCAAGCGUCUGAAAGAGCAGAACAGGGAGGUCUUGCUCCAUCAGGGUGUCAGGUUCGCCUUCCGGGUUCAUCAGUUUGCAGGAGGGUUCACUACUGAUAGCUUGGAUACUUUUGGUGAGCUAAGAAGACGACACACGGAUGGAACAAACUAAUAACCUGUAACUUACUGGAGUUUUAGUUUAAAAUCUGUACAUUACCAGAUUCUGAUAGGCUUGCACGACGCCGGUCCAGGGGUUGACCCAGGACGCCAUGGGCGCGCCACGGGGCGCACUGGAGGUGGCGCCCGACGUCUGGCCAGUAGAGGAGGAGCCAGUACGAGAGUACUGCUUCUUGCGCUUGCGUGGCCGAUCGUUCCCGCCGCUGGUGGGGUUGGAGGUUGGAGACGCGGUAGAAGAACCAGAGCCGGUGGCAGGAGCAGUGGAAGACGACCUGGCAGAUCGGGACGCGGCGAGGAGUGCGGUGGACGUCGCCCGCUGCGUCCGAUCUGCGGCCCAGAUCUCUUCUUGGAGGAGGAAGGAGCGCGCCUGAAGGAACGUCAUGGGCGGGCGUGAUGCCGAGAUCGGUUCGUGCAGCGCUCCGUGACCCAGCCUGGUUCGCGGCGAUGCAGGACGAGUUCCAGGCACUCCAGGACAACGGCACUUGGGAGCUUGUACCGCGACCCCCUGGCGCUCAUGUCAUCACUGGGAAAUGGAUCUUCAAAAACAAAUUUCAUGCUGAUGGCAGAUUGGAACGCAGGAAAGCACGUUGGGUCGUGCGUGGCUUCUCGCAGCGCCCUGGCUUGGACUUCGACCAAACCUUCUCCCAGGUGGUCAAGCCUGCCACCAUUCGGACAGUGCGGCACCUCGCUGCGGCACGCGACUGGCCGGUCCAUCAACUUGAUGUCAAGAAUGCGUUCCUCCAUGGUCAUCUGACGGAGCAGGUGUUCUGCCAACAACCGGCGGGUUUCGUCGACGCCGCGCAGCCGGACGCCAUAUGGCUUCUCCGGAAGUCGCUCUGCGGCCUGAAACAAGCACCUCGCGCUUGGUUUCAGCGAUUCGCCACCCAUCUGCAGCAGCUAGGCUUCGUCCCCGCCAAGUCCGACAGCUCCCUCUUCGUUCUUCAUCGUGGCGACGAAGAGGCUCAUUUGUUGCUGUACGUCGACGACAUUGUCCUUGCUACCUCGACGACGGAGCUACUUCACCGGAUCAUCGAUCAACUCCGUCUUGAGUUUGACAUGAAAGAUCUUGGACCCGUCCACUUCUUUCUCAGCAUCCAAGUACGGCGCAUGGUGAUUGGCUUCUUCCUAUCCUAGGCACAAUAUGCUGAAGACGUCCUUGACCGAGCCGGCAUGGCGAACUACACACCGGCUUCCACGCCAGUUGAUGUCAAGGGCAAGCUCUCCUCCAGCACAGGCACACCAGUGCCUGAUCCGACGUUCUACCGCAGCAUCGUCGGCGCGCUCUAGUAUCUCACCCUCACGCGCCCAGACCUCACCUACGCCGUGCAGCAAGCAUGUCUCCACAUGCAUGAUCACGGCGAGGUGGUGGAGCGCAGGGGGUAGAGGUCACCGGAGCUCUCACUGCGGAGGAGAACUGCCUUGCUGUGAAGAUCCUUAAUUGAGAAACCAAGGGGGUCAAAUUCAACAGAGACAUAAUUAUUUGCGGUAAGCCGACAGACAAACGAUAUUAUGUUUGAGGGAGAGAGAGACAAGAACGUCACGUAGGAGAAGAGUGGAAGGAGAGGAGGUCGUGGGAAUGGAGCCGUGUCCGGUGCACUGCACGGGCAAAGAAGCCCCAUUGUCAACGACGAUCCGAGAAGAAGAUGGGGAUAGGGAAGAAAGCAUACCGGAAUUGCCCGCCAUGUGCGACGAUGCACUGGUGUCAAACACCCAGUCGGUGGCGUUUGGCGGGGAUGGCUGGAGCAAGAGGCCGGUGAGAGCCUGGUAGAGCGCGGGCGGCAACGUGCCUGCCGGAGCAUGUUGAGCAGUCAUGGACUGCUGUGGUGCAGCACCGGGGUGGGCACCGAGAACACCGGCGCCAGGAGGUAUUGAAGGGAGCUGCGCAAGGGGCCAGGCUUGCACGACGCCAGUUCAGGGGUUGACCUAGGACGCCAUGGGUGUGCCGCGAGGCGCACUGGAGGUGGCGCCCGACGUCUAGCCAGUAGAGGAGGAGCCAGUACGAGAGUACUGCUUCUUGCACUUGCGUGGCCGAUCGUUCCCGCCGCUGGUGGGGUUGGAGGUUGGAGGCGCGGUAGAAGAACCAGAGCCGGCAGCAGGAGCAGUGGAAGACGACCCGGCAGAUCGGGACACGGCGAGGAGUGCGGUGGACGUCGCCCGCUGCGCCCGAUUUGCAGCCUAGAUCUCUUCUUGGAGUAGGAAGGAGCGCGCCUGAAGGAACGUCGUGGGCGGGCGUGAUGCCGAGAUCGUCGGGAUGCAGUUGGCGAACUUGUCGUUCAGGCCGCUCAGGAGGUUGAUGACGAGGUCCUAGUUGGUGAGUGGCGCGCCGACGACGCGCAGCUUGUCCGCGAUGUCCUUGAGGUGCCCGCAGUACUUGGUCACCGUCAGAUCGCCCUGGCAGAGGACGUGGAGUUGCUGGCGUAGCUAGACGGUGCGCUGCACGAUGUUGUCGAGGAACUGCGAUCCAAUGGUCGUCCAGGCAGUGUAGGCGUCGUCGUGCGGCUGGACGACAGCCGAGAGUAGUUCGGAGGAGAGCGUGGUGUAGAGCCAAGAGACGAUGUAGGAGUCCACCUGUGUCCAUUCGGUGUCGAGGAGCAUGGCGUGGGAGUCCACCGAGCCGUCGACGUGAUCCUCGAUGCCGAACUUGCGGAACACGAUGUUGAAGAAUGUGCACCAAAUGGUGAAGUUCGAGUCGCCGACGCCGAGGGUGACCGGGACGUGAGACUUGAUGUUGAUGAGUUGUGCUGUCGCCGCCGAGAUGGCCACAGGAGGUGCGGCAAAGGGGUUGCCGCCGUCGUUAGAGGACCCAAAGCUCGACACCAUGGCGGAGAGGAGAAGCAGCAGAGGAGAAAGAGCGGAAGCGGUUUAGGAUCUGAUGGCGAAUGGUACCAUGAAUGAGAGUAGAGGGCAACACACACUGUAUUGAUCUUAUGAACCGUGUACAUAUACAAGCCGAUGCCCACUCGUGAUGCCAACGAUCACCGAGAAUAACGGAUCGUGGCGAGCGCCGGGGGCUGAGCCAGAAGACUCGGAAGCUAGCAACUAACUUAGACUAGCCGGUACAACACAAUGUGAUUAGCCACUUUGACAGCAAACAUUGUAAAUAUCCAGCACUUUGAAGUCGCGUGUGUGUGUGUGUGUUUUUUUAUAUCCUUUGAAGUCGUGUGUUACCAAAGAAGAACAGGGUAAUUCCACACCCUGCUUUUUA